GACUUAACCGCCGACGAUCUUCCUAUGCUCGAAAACAUUCGCGAUCGAAGUCUGGCAACCAUUCGCGAGAAGUACGGUGUGCGGCCGGAUCAGAUAAGAGCCUACUUCCACUAUCAACCAUCAUUUUUCCACUUGCACGUGCAUUUUGUCAGUCUUAAAUAUGAUGCGCCAGCUAGCACAACUUUGAGCGCUGUGUUGCUAGAUGAUGUCAUCAACAAUCUCCAGCUCGUCUCAGAUUAUUACAAAAAGGCUACGCUCACAUUCACGAGGAAAGCUUCAGAUAAGUUGUUAGAGAUGUUUAGAGAGGCUGGUCGUUGUGAAAAGUGA